AUGCAUGACCUCCUGCGAUCUCUAGCUCACCAUAUAGCAGGGGAUGAGUGCUUCGUUGGAGAUGCACGAGCAUUUGAAAACAAGAUCACGUCCUCCUCCUCAUCAUCAUUGAUAAAAUUACGCCGUUUAUCAAUUGUAGAUAAAAAAUUAGAAACCAUACCAGACUUUAUAAUGGAACAGACAUCCUUGAGGACCCUGUCAUUCUUCCAUACCCCACUUAUUCGGGAUCUUCCAAGAGAUCUCUUCAGAAAGCUAAGGAGUUUAAGGGUCCUCAACUUACGUGAAACAGCCAUUAACAAUCUACCAACUUUCUUGGGAGAUCUUGUACACCUUAAAACUCUUGAUAUCUCUAAUACUUCAAUAAGAGAGAUACCAGAGAGCAUAGGGAAUCUUAGAAAUCUCCAAUUCCUGCUCCUUGAGAAUUGUGAAUAUAUGCACAACCUCCCUAAUGGUGUCGUGGGGUUAAUCAAUCUAAGGGUUUUGGAUGUCGAGAAUGUACCACAUGAUGGUCUGCCUGUAGGAAUAGGGAGACUGGAACAACUACAUUCACUUUGGGGAUUUGUAGCGAAUGGUAGCGAGGGCUGCAUAUUUGGAGUAGGAGAAGAUGACAGGGAGCAGGAGCACAAGGGACAUCAACACAGGAGGUUCUGCACCUUGAAGGAGUUGAAAUCCCUCUCCCAGCUCCGGUAUUUGAUUAUACAAAACUUGGAGAGGGUAUCGAACAGGGAUGAAGCAAGAGCUGCAACACUUAAAGCCAAGCCCCAUCUUCUCUACCUAGAUAUGCAUUGGGCACUAGCGAACAACACUUCUGAAGUGCAGCAGCCUCGUGCAAAUGAUUACGAGGAGGAAGAUAUCAGGAGAAUAGGGGAGGUAUUCGAGGAGCUCUGCCCACCACCAUGCAUUGAAAUUCUUAGAAUCAAUGACUACUUUGGCCGUGAGUUUCCCAACUGGUUGAUGACACCGUCCUCCUCGUCGUUCCGCAACCUGCGAAGGCUGGAACUGAAGAAUUGUGCUCUAUACCAGCAAAUUCCACCCUUGGGAAUGCUUCCACAACUAGAUUACGUCUGGAUCAAUGGUGCUUCUGCAGUCCUGAGAAUCGGGCCCGAAUUCUUGGUGCUGGCGGGUGGUAGAGCUGGUGGACAAAAAACAGACUCUUGCUUCUCCUCCUACUUCCCCAAACUAGAGCAACUUGGAUUUAAAAACAUGCCUAAUUGGGAAGAAUGGCGGUGGCAGUCGGAGGAGGACAACCGGACAACAUCGUUGCUACCUUCUCUCAAGUCAUUGGGAAUUGAUCGAUGCCCGAAGUUGAGGUCUCUACCGGAGAGCCUCCUCUGUCAUGCCACCGCCCUGAAGAAACUAUACAUUGCUGGUGCCCACAGCCUGAGAGAAAUACAAAACCUCCCCUCUCUUACAGAAUUGAUCUUGAUUAGCAACUCAAAUUUGGAGAGAGUGUCGAACCUUCCGGCACUAAAAUUUUUGAGGAUUCAUCAUUGUGAGAAGUUGAAGGUUGUGGAGGGUGUGGAUGCCAUGGAGCACAUUCUGCUUCAUAAUCGAGAAGGGUCUCUCCCGGACUGGUUAGUAGGUGCUGGUGAAGAGCAAUCGUGCUUCCCUUCCCUCCACAAGUUGACUCUCAAAAACAGAAUCUGUCGCCGAGGGCUGCCCGAUUGGCCUCUGAUCCGAUGA